AUGGCAUAUGACAUAAGGACAGACACUAUAGUAGUGUCCGACGCCAACAGACUGGCCAACUGUGCCCAAGUGGACGCACAGGUGAUCGGAGCAAUCGAUCAGUUAUUUGCGGGCAUUCACAGCAUAUGGCACCAGUGUUUUCCGGAUGUGGAGCUACCCGUACGCACCGAUGCACCCCUCGACGCCUCAUUGGUUGAUAAUUAUGAGAUACACGUCGAUACGGGAACUCAUUUGGCGUUCAAAUAUUGCUCUCACAUGAGAAUGAACGUCAACGCAGUGGCCGGAUUCCCAUACGCUAUGCUACCGGCUCUCUGUGACCACUUGAGUCAGUUCGCCAACGCCCUGAACAUACGAUUGUCGGGACAGGCAGUAGAGGGUCCGCACGAGCAGCGGGAGGUGGACACUGCGGGCGCGCACUAGUCGUCCAAAUUAUAGCACAAUUAUACGAC